GGGCGGAUCCUGGUGUCACCGGUGCGUUAUCAAUAAGUGUCUAGUGCGCAAAAUAUGUGCUUAAAUGUGGCACUGUACCAGGAUCAUCAAGAAGCUUAGGGAAGAAUCGGCAUUAUAAAAAUUAAUCCAGUUCAUGCUGGAUGUACACUUAUGACAUCUGUCCUUGCUAUAUUUCGUCGUGCACUUGUGUGUGCACAGACAUCUUGAUUUUCAUUUUUGUGCAAACUAGUGGCUGUGUGUCGCCGGUGGCUGCCGUGUCUCCACUUGGGUGGCGAUCGCCGACGCGACGAUUUGCGGUGUGCGCGCUCUGUGUAUCCGCAAUCAGUGUGUCCGUAGUAGGUAAGGAGGCUCAGGCUCGUCGUGCGGUGCGGCGGCCGCGGCUGCCGUGCUUUCCGCAGCCUCAGCCUGUCUCACUUCUACACACCGCCGAUAAGCGGCGUUCGUUCGGCGGCAACCGACUCGUCGUAGCACACCGGCGCGGCGUGAACAUCCAGGAAAAUCCAUCUUCUGCGUGUGUGGCGACCCCCAUGUGGGUGGUCAGCGUGCCCGAGCAUGGAGGCGGUGGACAGGAGCGCGCAGAGCCCGGACACGGUACAGUUCACCGUGGAGAACGUGGAGAAGGCUCUCCACCAGCUGUACUAUGACCCUGACAUUGAGAACAAGAAUGUGGCUCAGAAGUGGCUCAUGCAGGCCCAAGUGUCCCCACAGGCCUGGCAGUUCUGCUGGGCUCUGCUCAGCCCAGAGAAGGUCCCUGAGAUCCAGUACUUUGGGGCCAGUGCUCUUCACACCAAGAUCUCGCGCUACUGGGGGGACAUCCCCGCCGAACAGUAUGACUCGCUGAAGACACAGCUCUUUGCUCAAAUAGCGCAUUUUGCAUCUGGCUCCAAGAUGGUCCUGACACGGCUGUGCGUGGCCCUGGCCUCGCUCGCCCUGAACGUGAUGCCGGAUCUGUGGCCGGGCGCUGUGGCUGAGAUGGUGCGCGCCUUCCAGGAGGAGGGGGUCGGGGCGGACGGGCGUGCCCGCUGCCUGGCCCUGUUGGAGCUGCUCACCGUGUUGCCCGAGGAGUUCCAGACCAGUCGUCUCCCGCAGGCCCGCAAGGGCAGGGUCCGUGAAGCCCUGGCUGCCGAGUGGGCCUCCGUCUGCCCCCUGCUUCGGCAGCUACUGCGGCAGCCCGAGUCUCCAGGGACCGUGAAGGCCCGUGUCCUCAAAUGCCUGUCCAGCUGGGUGCUGUUGGAUGUGCCGUUGAGCGAGAGCGAGGCUCUAGUGGAGGACUGCUUCGCUGUGCUGACUGAUCCGGAACUCUUUGACGCAGCUGUGGAAGCCAUAGUCAAUGCCAUCUCUCACCCUGAUGCCCAGAGGCAUGUGAGUUCACUGCUGAAGCUAGUACCCCAGGUGCUGCAGCGGCAGGACCAGCUGCGGGAAGCAGUCCAGAGCGGAGACAUGGAGACCUCGCAUGGGAUCUGUCGCAUUGCGGUGGCCCUGGGGGAGAACCACUCCAGGGUUCUGCUAGAUCAGGUGGAGAACUGGCACAGCUUUCUGGCACUGGUGAAUAUGAUCAUGUUCUGCACUGGCAUACCUGGGCACUACCCUGUCAACGAGACCACCAGCUCCCUCACGCUCACCUUCUGGUACACUCUACAGGAUGACAUCAUGUCUUUUGACAUGGAGAAGCAGGCGGCGUAUCUUCAGGUCUACAGGCCUGUCUACUUCCAGCUAGUGGACGUACUGCUGCAUAAAGCCCAGUUCCCCACUGAAGAGGAGUACGUCUCCUGGUCCUCUGAUGAAAAAGAGCAGUUCAGGAUUUACAGGGUGGACAUCUCUGACACCCUAAUGUACGUGUAUGAGAUGCUCGGGGCUGAACUCCUCAGCAGCCUCUACGACAAGCUGGGGAGGGUAUUGACCAACGCAGAACAGCCAACGCCCUGGCAGCACACGGAAGCCUUACUGUACGGGUUGCAGUCCAUUGCUGAGACAAUUGAUGUCAGUUACUCUGAUGUCAUCCCCGGACUCAUCGGCUUCAUUCCCCGAAUUAAUGUCAACAACGUUCAGCUUGCGGACACUGUCAUGUUCACUAUAGGUGCUCUGGCAGAGUGGUUGUCUGACCACCCUGUCAUGCUGAGUAGUGUCCUUCCCAUGGUCCUUCAGGCCCUGGGGAACCCUGACCUUUCUGUGUCCAGCGUGUCCACGCUGAAGAAGAUCUGCAGGGAGUGCAAAUACGACCUGAUCCCUUAUGCUGCCAACAUAGUUGCCGUCUCACAGGAAGUUCUCAUGAAACAAAUCCACAAGAGCAGCCAGUGCAUGUGGCUGAUGCAGGCCCUCGGCUUCUUGCUCUCAGCCCUGCCUGUGGAGGAGAUCCUGCAGAACCUGCACUCGCUCAUCACUCCCUACAUCCAGCAGCUCGAGAAGCUGGCAGAUGAGACGCCCAACCCUUCCAAUAAAGUGGCCAUUAUCCAUAUUCUUGGCCUUCUCUCAAACUUAUUUACCACACUGGACAUCAGCAAAAAGGAGGAACAGUCGGAGGAAGGUGUGCCUCCAGUCAAAACAAGUCCGUCACAACUGGGUCCUAACCCCGUAGUUGUAGUCUUGCAGCAGGUCUUUGCUCUGAUCCAUACAAUUCUCAGCAAGUGGCUGAAUGACUCACAGGUGGUAGAGGCUGUUUGUGCCAUCUUUGAGAAGUCGGUGAAGACCCUCCUCAGUGAUUUCGCUCCCAUGGUGUCCCAACUCAGCGAGAUGCUAGGCCGGAUGUACAGUACUGUCCCACAGGCCUCAGCUCUGGAACUUACUCGUCUGAUGGUUCAUAUAUUUGCUAGUGAGCCUGAGCACUUCCCCCCCAUCAAGACCCUUUUUGAACUGGUCACAUCUGUUACCCUUUCCAUCUUCCAACAAGGGCCCAGGGAUCAUCCUGAUAUUGUUGAUUCAUUUAUGCAGCUCCAAGCUCAGGCCCUCAAACGGAAACCUGAUUUGUUUUUGUCUGAAAACCUUGACGUGAAAGCUGUAUAUCACUGUGGACUGAUAUCACUGGAAUUUCCAGAGUCCCCGACUGUCAAGUCCACCUGUCUGUUUUAUGCAGAGCUACUCCCACAUUGUGGAGAUGUCCCAGCUGUGGGCCAGGUGGUGCAGGAGGAUGGCAAGCUGCUUCUGAAGGCUGUGCUUAAGGCUAUUGGGGGGCAGUCACCACGCAGUCUGAUGGAACAGUUUGCAGAAGUGCUUUUCUGUCUGAACAAGCACUGUCCUACCUUGCUGGCAAUGUGGCUGAAAGAGGCCCUGCAGCCCCCAGAUUUUCCAUCCCCCCAUGUAUCUGCAGAGCAGAAGGACAAUUUCGCUGAGCAGAUACUCAGGGAGCAUGUGAACAAACGAAGAGUGAAGGAGAUUGUGAAGGAGUUCACCUUGGUGUGUCGUGGGCUGCAUGGUACAGAGUACGCUGCAGGCUACUGAAGGUGCGCUUGUUACAUAAAUGGGCUCGUUCAGUCGGCCCGCGCCGGGAGCUCAGCAGAAGAGAAUUACCCUUUUUCUGCUCUACCUGCUCUUUGGAGGUUUUACGUUUUGCAGAAGACUCAGUCAUUGUCCAGAUUUAAAUUCAACCAGCAUGUCUACUGCCUGCUUGAAUACCUUCCUUAAAGUCCAGUGUUUUUAAGGACUCUGCCUGGCUUUUGGGCUAUGCAGCAUGUGUAUUGCAUCCACUUUGUGAACACUGCUAGUCAUCUUUUGUAUUUUUGGACAGUCAGGCUGUGAAUAUUCACAUGCAGGGUUUGUCCAACUUAUUCCCAUUAUGAAAAGGUAAAAAGCUGGACAAAAACUCAAGUUUUUGUGACCGGUGUGGUCAACAUUGGAACGGCUGAAGUCUCUAAAAGAACCCACACGGACUGAGGGUUUUUUUUUUUUUUUUUAACCCCCACAGUGUGUGUAAGGCAGAUGUGUUAUGUCAUCCCAUCUACCCAGAACUUCGCUCCCACUUUUUACUGCACCAAAUGGGUCGGUUUCAAGACUCCUGAUCAAAUAGCUUUAAAGUUAAGGAGUAAGAGGGAACGGAAUUGAAACACUAAGUGUGAAGACCUACAUGUAGAAAAUGUAGAUUUUUAUUUGCUGUUUGUUUGUCUCCCACCGUAUUCUCCAUUAUUUCAUAGAUAUUUAGCUGUUCUUAACUAAUAGUCAUAGCUGGGUCAUGCCUGGCCACAGAUGAUUUGUAUACUUGGUUUUGCACAUUGUGCAGUCAGUCAAAUCUCUCUGCGUUGUCUGCUUCUAAAAGCACUUUAUCGCCACGUUUUUCCUGCAGAAACUCCUCAGAUGUGUCUCUGUACAGCAAUGCAAAAGGAACUCGGUGUUUCCUGAAGUCCUAGAAUAUUUUACCCCAAGUGUGUGCUGUGUGUACUAGUGGUGUGCUUGCGUUCUUGAAGAGCAAGUCUUCAACACAUUUUCAGAGUUAAAAAGCCUGUUGGACUUUUGUUAGAAUGAAAACGCACUAGAAUUAGUUAGUGUUGAGCUGAUGGACUUGCGGUAAAAGAGCAAAAAGAAUUUCUGAUUCAUGCUUGUUUGAGAUCCAAUUUAAUGCAUUCUUUUCGGUUUCAGCAGGGACACAACCUUAAUUUCUUAAUACACAUAUACCUGGGUGCUUAUUUUUACUUAGUCAUGUAAAACUAAUGAUCUAAAACUUUCUGUAUUAUUUCUACUAAAAAGUAUUGCAUAGUUGUGACCCACUUUUGUUUUGCUGUUAAUAAAAAAUAUUGCCUAGUGACCCAUAUGUUUAGCUGGAAAUUGGUUUUUUUGCCAAAAAGAUCUGCUUUGCUGUGCAAGUCUCAAAAAAAAAAAAAAAAACAAGGUAUUUAAACACUGCGGCCUUCACCCAUUUUGAAAAAUAUAUGUCAAUUGCUGUUGUCUGUAAAUGGUACACUAGCAAGCAGCUGUUGGUACUCUGGUGCAUAAAUGUAUUGCAUACAACAAAGUCAGCUUUUUGCCGUACAUUUUUCUGUAUUUUUUCUUUGCAGUUCCACUCUUGAGCCCUGGGAACUGUACUGUAAAUGCACCUAAUGUUAUCUUGCAUUUGUUGUAUCUCUUGAAAGUUUGAUUUUGAAUUGUGAUUUUCCUUACAGCAACUGAUGUAAACAGGACAGCAUAGUUAUGCAUGGGGUAGUUCUAGCUCCCCACAGCUCCUGGUCUGUGCAGUUGGAAAUGAGUUCGGAUCCAGCUCAGUCUGUGUCAAGUUUGCAGGUUCUCCCUGUGCUGUGGUGGGUUUUAAAAAAUGUGUUUUAGGUGAAUUGGUGAUUCUAAGUAGCCCAUAGCAUGUCCAGUUGUCCUGCAACGCACUCAUGCCAUGGUGUACCCUGCUUCUUGCCCUGCGUUACUUGGAUAGGCUCUGAAUCACUGCAACCCAGCACUGGGUAGGUGGUUAUUGAUGAUGGACUGAUGUAAAUGAGGGUACACAGAAUUCUGGUCUAGUCAGCAAAACAGUGUAGGUGGGAGGACCCACUCAGGCCUUGCUCAAGCAGCGCUCUGAGCUCAGUUUUCUUCCUUUUCCAGCUCAGAAUGAUUUCUAGAAGUCUUAGGAAAGUAUGCAACAAUUGUUGGAGGUGUUUAUUUCUAAAAAUGAUCUCAGAUGUCAUGGGAAACAUCUGUACUUCAAAAGCUGAAAGUUGUACACACGUGCCACAACUUAAGCUGUACUGUUGCUUGAAAAACACCAAGCAGCACAGAGGAGUUUGGCAACACAUUUCCUUACAUGAAAUUUCUGAGUCUUAACACCUCAAACAUAUAUUUACAAAAUAAAAAAUAGUUAUUUGACAUUAAACUAUCCUUUUUGUCAUGAGUUUAAUGUUG